ACCCCUCUGGUGUUCGCUGGCCACCAGUGCCCUACAUUUUUGGGCAUGGUAGGCUUCCAAAUUCCAAAACCUUUCCAAAUGGCCACUUCCUAUAUGGGUAUGAGGUCCUGAAUCUUAUUUUGGAUACGCUAGGCAUCCCUGUCACUGUUGCGCUUGUUGGGUGCAGCAGCCGAGUACCAAACCCAACAUUGGGAAAGGUAGUUGGUUCUCAUCUACCUUCCCGUGAGCGGCAGAUGGAAGGAAUGGAUGCAU